AUGAAUCUCAUGACGUUUUCCACAUUUCUUUUCAUUGCUAGCCAUGGAUUAAUAUUCACUUCAAAAUUCUUCACCGUACCUAACAAAAUUCCUAUCAGAGGCUAUAUCCCUACUGUGAUCACAUUCUUCACUGUCAAUGUGAUAAACAAUCAGGCUUUGAAUUUUCAUGUUCCUGUACCAUUGCAUAUCAUUUUUCGAUCCGGUUCCCUCAUGGCUAAUCUACUGUUGUCUAUAAUUUUACUCAAGAAAAAGUAUACAUUACGGAAAUAUCUCUCGGUCUUCUCUAUCACUAUCGGUAUUGUGAUCUGUACCUUAGCUACUAGUGAUCUCGAAAAGAAAUCUGGUCUAACUUAUGAGGAGGCAGCAAAACACUAUCGAGAAUGGACUAUAGGAAUUGCGAUGCUGGUCUUUGCGCUACUCGCUUCCGCCUACCUAGCUAUUUGUCAGCAACGGAUGUAUGAAAUGUACGGAAAGCAUUCCGAUGAAGCCAUGUUCGUCAUCCAUGCAAUUUCGUUGCCCUUGUUUUCCUUAAUGGGAGCAGAUAUCAUGGCUGCUGCGAUGAAAUUCAAUAAGAGUGCACCGUUUGAAGUCGCUGGUAUAACCAUUCCCAUACCUUCGCUAUGGAUGAAUCUCUUUUUCAGCUGCAUUUUACAGUACUACUGCAUUCGAUUCGUUUAUCGGCUCAAUUCCGAGGUUGAGGCACUUACAGUAACGCUCGUAGUGACCCUGAGAAAGUUUUUAUCGUUGGUCGUUUCGAUAUGGUGGUUCCAAAACCCAUUUACAUACCAACACUGGGUGGGCGCAGCAUUGGUGUUUUCGGGCACAUUGGCGUUUGCCGACGUAUGGAGCUUCGGUGGUGUCGAUAAGAAAAAGAAGAAAAGUUGA